ACGCUGAGUGCAGUUUCCGCUUCCUGUGUAACCGAAAGUAAAGUUGAGUUAGUCAGCGGACGGUCCGGAGCUCCGGUACACCGACACAAAGUGAAGAAGAGGAACGAUGAAGAUGUUGCUGCUGUCUGUGAUCCUCGUGCUCGUUACCCAGCAUGCCUCUGGAGUGGGGGAGAUUGAGGAGAAGGAGGGGAUUGAGGGGGAGGAGUCUGUGGUUCUGCCCUGUGAGGCUCCUCCUGAUGUCACUGUUAAAUCUGUGGAAUGGAGCCGCUAUGAACUCAAUCCCUCCACUGUUCAUCUACGUCAAACCAUCAAUAAUACAGAGAGAGAUGUUCUUAAAGACCAGAACCCGUCCUACAGAACCCGCACAGAACUACAGACGGACGCUCUGAAGACUGGAGACGUCAGCCUCACUCUGAAAACCCUUCGACUGCCAGACAGAGGAAUGUACAGAUGCAUCGUCCGUUGGGGUAUGGGAGAGAGUAAACAGACUCAAGUUUACCUGAAUAUCAUCAGCAAGAGAGAAGGUUGGUUCCACUCCUCAUAAUCAAUGAGUCUGCAG